UGAAUGAAAUUGCAGUUUACAGAGUCGACGCUCUGGCGCGGCGUCAGGCCGAACAGGGAAGUGUGCGUUUAAACAAAAAUAAUAAAAUAAAGCAAACGGCACAACAACUGUACGGACGACGUUAGUGACUCCGUGACAUGGAUACGAGCUCGUGAUGGACGCUACAGCCAUGUCAUUGAACCAAGGAGUAUCAGAUAACAACCCGAGCACCCCUGGGCCCUCUAUGUCAAGACCACCAGUUUCUCUUGGGAGAAACCUGCCUGGAAGAAUUGCAUUAAACCCCCCGCCUCCUCCAGGACGUCUGAGCUCACUGCGAUCCAGAGACCUUACUUUAGGUGGAUUUAAAAAGAAAACCUUUACUCCAAAUGUACAUUCUGUUAGAAAAACAAAGGAUGAAUUUAAAGAAGAACCUCCAAUAACUUCAAAAAGAGAGAAGAGAGACAAGGACGACAGACAGAGGGAAUCACGUGGCAAAAAGAGGGAUCGUCCACAAACCAUUCAAUCUCAUUCAAUUUUUGAACAAGGUCCAGCAGACACAACCAGAAGAAUAGGUAGUUGGGACAGUAUUGAAGUAAAUGAAAGUGAACCACCCCAAGUUCUAAAAUUUAUUAAGAAAGAAACACAUUUAUUAGAAGAUGAUGCAAAUGAAAUUUUACACAAGCUAAAACGUGAUAAUUUUUUAGAUGAUCCAGGUCUUAAAAAUGACUCAAAACACCGACCAAUCCAGCUCCCCCUAGCACAGUCAAGAGAUCUGUUUGCAGCAGAUGAAGUCACUUUAAAUAGGGAAUUUCAAGCUACCACCAUGACUGAUGUUACAAGGUCGAGAGCAUAUCUACAGAAAGUUCACCAAAUUAGGAAGGGCUUUUCAAUCACAAAUCAGCCUCAGCCAACUAUAGCAGAACUCUUCCAGAAAAUGAGUUUAUCUACUGAAGAUGAGCUCUUGUUCAUCCAACUUCCAGAUACAAUCCCUGGACAGUCAGCAACCACCAGUGAAAAGAUUUCUAAAACAGAGACAAAACCUGAAGAAAAGCAUUCACUGCCGUUUAAAAGUCAUGAUACCUUAAAAAAUGAAAACACACCAACUUUGGCUGACUUUACCGAGGGCCAUAUUGGUAAGAUUCAAAUCAGAAAAUCUGGAAGAGUACAGCUUGUCUUGGGGGAAGUUGCACUGGAUGUUUCUGAAGGAGCAGCUUUCUCUUUUUUACAGCAACUGGUUUCCAUUCGUCUGUCUGAAGGACGUACAGGAGACCUAACUAUACUUGGCAAUGUAAAACACAAGCUUGUAUGUUCUCCAGAUUUUGAAGCACUUUUAAAGGAGGUGAACUUUGCAUCACAGACAAAUUCAAGAAUAUUGUGAAUUUGGUGGCUACAAAGAACUUGUGUGUAAUUUAUGUAUGUAGUUGUUUUAACUGUAAAUAUCAAAUGUUUUCCU